AUGGGUGAAACCACGGCGGAGAAGAAUCCGUUUGGAACUGUGACGUUUUUGUCCGUAACGCUGCCAGUACCUAUUGCCUUGGCUUACCUGCUUUCCAUUCUCUACAACGUCACAUUCUUCAUGCAAUUUUUUUGUAUGCCAUAUUUUCUGAAGUCGCUGGGAAUCUCAGACACCGAGAAUGGUGAGGUAAUUAUUGAUCGAAGGCCAAGUUAGUA